CAAAUUUUACUCAUAUUCAGUUUUCUGUCAGAAAUGCCACACCAUCACCAUCACCACCAUCACCACCAUGGCCACCACCAUGAUCAUGGGUUAGUGUCCCAUCUCAUCGAAAAUGUAGCCCAUGCUGUCCACCAUAACGGCCACCAUCAACCACCGAUUCAAAUACCAACAUAUGGUGUCGUAAUUAAUACACAACCGCCACCACCACCGCCGCCAUAUUACGCCCAUUGCCGCGGUUAUGGGUACCAUAGGCAUUGUCAUCAUGGGCAUGGGCAUAACUGCCAUUGCUGUUGUUGCUAAUUAAUGUUUUAAUUACAAUUUUUGUAUCAAAAUAUAUUGUUUUCGAUUUUGAAAUUAAUUUAUUUCUUA